UAACUGACCAAGACGCGCGCCACUGCCAUCGACCGAUCGAAGAGGUAGACAAGCAGCUCGAAGAAGAAGGAGAAGGGAUCGAUAAUGGCGGACGACAUGGAGAGGAUCUUCAAGAGGUUCGACACCAACGGCGACGGCAAGAUCUCCCUGUCGGAGCUCACGGACGCGCUGCGGACGCUGGGGUCCACGUCCGCGGACGAGGUGCAGCGCAUGAUGGCCGAGAUCGACACCGACGGCGACGGCUUCAUCGACUUCAGCGAGUUCAUCUCCUUCUGCAACGCCAACCCGGGACUCAUGAAGGACGUCGCCAAGGUCUUCUGAGGCCGUUCACCAUUUCAACUCACCCGCCUGAAUCCAGCGUCCAUUCAUCCAUCUAUACGUACGGCUUGAUUUUUGAUCUAUUGCUUCCAUGCAACUAUGCACUCCGGUCCAGAGCCUCCUCUUCAGUAAAGUUGAUGAGGCUGGCCCUAAAUUUUGAUCAUUCAUUUGCUACUGGUACCUGCUGGUGAUCAUUGUAUUUUUUUGCUAUUGAUUCCCUUCCUGUAUUUCUCUUCCCUUUCUCAAUAUAUAAACACGCCUUUUCGUGA